AUGCGCCAGAUCCCCCAAUUCCUCGUGCGCUCGACCAUCCCGUGCGAGGCGCCCCGGAUCGUGUGCACCCAGCCUCGUCGCGUCGCCGCCACUUCGCUCGCCCAGCGCGUGUCGACCGAGAUGGGCCAGCAGCUCGGCGGCCUCGUCGGCUACACGGUCCGCUUCGACGACCGCACCUCGCGUGGCACGCGCCUCAAGUACGCGACCGACGGCGCCCUCCUCGCCGAGAUGCUCGGCGACCGCGACCUCGACGCGUACGACGUCGUCGUCCUCGACGAGGCCCACGAGCGCAGCCUGCGCACCGACAUGCUCAUGGGCUUCCUCAAGGACAUCCAGGUCCGGCGCAAGGACAAGUACCGCGCCUGGCUCGCCAAGGGCAAGGGCAAAGCGCGCGCCGACGUCAACGGCAACGGCCACGAUGCCGCGCUCGCCAACGGCAAGGACGUCGAGGAGCGCGACCCGACCGAGCUCAAGAUCGUCGUCAUGUCGGCCACGAUCGACGCCAAGCGGUUCAGCGAGUUCUUCUCCCACGCUCCCGUGCUCUACGUGCAGGGUCGCCAGCACAAGGUGACGCUCAUGUACUCGGCCGAGCCCCAGCUCGACUACCUCGACUCGGCGCUCAAGACCAUCUUCCAGAUUCACAAGGCGCAUCCGCCCGGCAGCAUCCUCGUCUUUCUUCCCGGCCAGGACGAGAUCGAGUCGCUGGCGACGUCGAUCCAGGCGUACCUUCCCGACCUUGAAAAGUCGCUCGCGAGCAAGGGCUCGCUCCUGAUCACGCCCCUGUACGCCAAGCUCGCGCCCGCCGAGCAGGCCAAGGCGUUCGCGCCCGCUCCGCCCAAUACGCGCAAGGUCAUCCUCGCCACCAACAUCGCCGAGACGUCGGUCACCAUCCCGGGCGUCAAAUUCGUCGUCGACUGUGGCCUCGCCAAGGAGAAGCGGUACCACGCGGGCACGGGCAUCGAGUCACUCGUGACAGAGAGCAUCAGCCAGUCGUCGGCCAAGCAGCGAGCCGGUCGAGCAGGUCGCGAGUCGGACGGCUACUGCUUCCGCCUGUACCCCGAGUCGGUCUUCAACACGCUCGACAAGCGCACGCAGCCCGAGAUCCAGCGCGUCAGCUUGACGUUCGCCCUCUUGCACCUCCUUGCGGCGGGCCAAGCCGACGUCUUCGCCUUUCACUUCAUGGACAAGCCCGACAAAGACUCGAUCCUGUUCGCCCUCAUGACGCUGCACGGCCUCGACGCGCUCGACAAGCAGGGCCGCAUCACCUCGGUCGGUCGACAAAUGGCGCAGCUCCCCCUCGACCCCGUCUACGCCCGGGUCCUCCUCGCGUCGUUCGCCGAGGGCUGCCCUCGCGAGAUCAUCGACCUCGUGUCGCUCCUCGGGUCCAAGGACCAGCUCCUGAUCAACACGGCCGCAACGCGCGAGCAGGCCAACGCGGCGCGUCAGAAGUUCGUCCACCGUCGCGGCGACCACCUCCAGCUCCUCAACAUCCUGCGCGCCUUCGAGGAGCUCGACGAGCGCGACGAGCGCAAGGCGUGGUGCCGGGACAACUUUGUGUCGUACAAGGCCAUGCUCAGCGUUCUCGAUGCGCGCAAGCAGCUGCGCGAGCGCGUUGAGCGUCUCGGGCUCGGCGACGGCAAGCAGAGCGUCGGCGACGAGGACGAGCCCGUCCUGAACGCGCUCGUCGGCGGCCUCUUUGCCAACACGGCGCUCCGCCAGGAGGACGGCACCUAUCGUCACACCCUCACGAAGCAGGUGGUCGCCAUUCACCCGUCCUCGACCAUGCACAACAAGAAGGCGCCCGCCAUCCUUUACGACGAGCUCGUCCUCACGACCAAGACGUAUGCGCGCGGCGUCUCGUCCGUCGAGCCGACCCAGAUCCGCUCAAAGGCGCCCUCGAUGUUUGCCAAGACGAUGCGGUAGAAGAGGGUUCGAGUGCAACGAGGUGUCGACGCGACGGAACGCUUU